GGUGCCACCACCAGCAUUUGUACCCCCGUGUAUAAGUAUAGAUGUCUCGCAUUUAUUUACAACUGAUCAGAUUUUCCCUACCCGUGAUGAUCUUAUCAAUUGGGUUCAUGGAAUUGCGAUUGAAAAUGGAUAUGUUGUGUUGAUCACAAAGUCAGAUAGCGGUGGGAAUGGAAGCAGAAAAGCUUAUGUCAUGUUGGGGUGCGAGAAGCAUGGUAAGUAUGUUCCCUACAGAGACCCUGACCUUGUUGAAGGAACGAGAACACAAAAGACAGAAUGUCCUUUUAGACUAAAAGGACGACCUAUGAAAAAUGGCAUAGAUAGAGAUUGGCGGCUAAAGGUGAUGGAAGGUACACACAACCAUGAACCAGCUAGGUCACUACUUGGCCACAAUUUUGUUGGUCGUCUAAAUUCCGAAGAGAAGGAGCAAGUGGAAAAAAUGUCAAAGAGUUGGGUUCCACCGAGAAAGAUGCUGUUGACUUUGAAGGAAAACAAUCCUUUAAACUUGACUACCAUAUCUCAGAUUUAUGGUGCUUGCAAGAGGUUAAGAAAAUCCCUCCGCGGGUCAUUGACAGAAAUGCAACACUUGUUGAAGAAGUUGGACGGUGACAAGUACGUCCACUUUGAAAGACAUGAGCCUGGAUCGGAAGUCAUUAGGGAUGUAUUUUGGGCUCAUCCAAAUGCUAUCAAAUUGUUCAACACAUUUCCAUAUGUAGUGAUUAUGGAUUGCACAUACAAGACAAACAAAUAUAAAAUUCCAUUGCUUGAGAUUGUUGGACUGACUUCCACAGAUAAGACAUACUCCAUAGCCUUUUGCUACAUUGUUAAUGAGGGCACAGAUGACUACGUUUGGGCACUGGAGUGUAUGAAGUCUCUAUUAGCUGAUCAAGCCAUGUUGCCUAAGGUGAUUGUUACUGACAGGGAUCUUGCCUUAUUGAGUGCUGCUAAGCAAAGCCUUCCCAACACCAGCCAUUUAUUAUGCUUGUGGCACAUCAACAAGUGUGUUUUGGCAAAGUGCAAACUCUAUGUUGGUACAGAUGAUUUUGCUGAAUUGGUUAUGGGGAAGUGGGGAGAGGUGGUGGAUGCUGCAACAGUUGAAGAAUUUGAAGUUCAAUGGAUGCAAUUGUUUAAUAUGUGCAAGGACAAAUACAGCAACUUUACCUCCUAUUGUUCUACAACAUGGUUGGUCCACAAGGAAAAAUUUGCCAAGGCAUGGACAAAUCAUGUGAUGCACUUUGGAACAACAACAAGUAACAGGGCUGAGGGUGCACAUGCCAGUUUGAAGAAGAUGUUGCGGGAUUGCAAGGGUGACCUAGCCACUUCUUGGGAUGCGUCGCAUAGUUUGACAUGUAAUCGACAUACUGAAAUAUUAGCAUCGUUUGAGCGCAGUAUUCACAGAAUUGAUCACAUUUUCAUGUUCCCAUUUUACACAAAUAUUAGAGGAUUUGUGUCAAACAAAUGCCUGCAGCUCAUCGACGAUGAACAUAUAAGAAUGAAGUCCUACGGCGGAUGCGAUUGCUUGUUGAGAGAGACUCAUGGACUACCUUGCGGUUGUGAACUUGCAGGUUAUGAAAGAAUUCCAUAUGAGUCAAUUCAUCCAUUCUGGAAGAGACUGAGUUGGGAGCAUGUACCUGAACCUGUUGCAGAUACUAUCAGCAACCAUAUUUGCGGCAUGAACCAUGGAGAUAUGCAACCAGAAGUUGAGGCAUUGACACAUUAUUUCAGUUCUUUGGAUACUGGAGGGCAGAGUAUGGUAAGGAGGAAGCUUCAAGCUAUCUAUUGUCCUGAAAGCAGUUCACUUUGUACUCCUGAGGUUCAGAUAAGGUCCAAGCGCACUCUACACUCGAACGAAAGAAAACCACCCAAGGUUAAAGCAAUAGGAUCCUUGACUCGUGAUCCUUCAGGUUUUGAGCAUGUUGAUAGGGAGAUCAAAGAGGCAAAGAAGGCUUCGCAACCACCAAAGAAGAAGAAGCAGCCAUUGCUGCAUUACUGGGACUACCAUCAGGUGAGGAAGGUUGGCCAUGUGUUAGGGAAGCGUUGA